AUGGCUGCGACCCGGGAGGACCUGAGGCGACGGAGAGGGGCUGCGGGGCAGGCAGCAGCUGGAGGGCGAGACGCCCCGGGGCCCCGAGAGCCGCCGGCGCCUUCCCUGCGCUCGGGCACGUUCUGGCUGACGCGCCUGGCGCUCUUGCGCGCCACCGCCUUCAUUUACUCUGUAGCUUUUUUGGUUGCUUACCAUCAAAACAAGGCGCUUAUUGGAGAACAGGGACUCCUGCCUUCCCAACUCUACUUGGAGAAUGUCAAGCAAUAUUUCAAAGGGAAGAUAAACUUGGAUUCUUUAAGCUAUGCUCCAACUCUCAUCUGGUUCUUGGAUUGGUCUAGCAUGGACAGCAUCCUGGAUGGCUUUGCUCUGGCUGGCUUGGCAAUCUCAGCUUUUGUCUUGGUCACUGGUUGUGCAAACAUGAUUCUCAUGACUGCUUUGUGGACGCUCUACCUCUCAAUAGUUAACGUGGGACAGAUCUGGUAUUCCUUUGGGUGGGAAUCUCAGCUUCUGGAAACGGGUUUUUUAGCGAUAUUCCUCUGCCCCUUCUGGACGCUUUCCCCACUGCCCAAACACACGCCUCCUUCCCGCAUAGUCAUCUGGGGUUAUCGAUGGCUUAUUUUCAGAAUCAUGCUUGGAGCGGGAUUGAUUAAAAUUCGUGGGGAUCGCUGCUGGAGAGAUUUGACAUGCAUGAACUACCAUUAUGAGACCCAGCCUGUUCCCAACCCUGUCGCCUACUACAUGCACCGGUCGCCGUGGUGGUUCCAUCAGUUCGAGACCCUCUUCAACCAUUUCAUUGAGCUGGCCGUGCCAUUCCUCCUCUUCCUCGGGCGGCGCAUGUGCAUCCUUCACGGCGUUCUGCAGAUUCUCUUCCAGGUGCUCCUCAUCGUCAGUGGGAACUUGAGCUUCCUCAACUGGUUGACCAUCGUGCCCAGCAUCGCAUGUUUCGAUGAUGCCUCGUUGGCAUUCUUCUUCAGCUCCAAGGAAAACAGUGUGAAGGCCCAAGUCCUGGAGAUUCAAGCCAAAGAGGCUGAGGGGAAAGUAGCACCCUUGCGAUACGGCUCCUACAUCCGCAAAGCGGUGAACAUAUCCUUUGGACUCCUGAUUGCCUUCCUCAGCGUCCCAGUGGUUAUCAAUUUGCUUAGCUCACGACAACUCAUGAACACGUCCUUCAACCCACUCCGGAUAGUCAACACCUACGGGGCAUUUGGAAGCAUCACCAAAGAGAGAACUGAAGUCGUCCUUCAAGGGACAUCUAGCCUGGAUCCAAAUGACCCGGCUGCGCUCUGGGAAGAGUAUGAGUUCAAGUGUAAGCCUGGAGACCUGUGGAGGAGGCCCUGCCUCAUAAGUCCGUACCACUAUCGUCUCGACUGGCUCAUGUGGUUUGCUGCAUUCCAGACCUACGAACAGAACGAAUGGAUAAUCCACUUAGCCGGAAAGCUUUUGGCCAACGAGAGGGCCAUUUUGUCUCUCAUCGCCUCCAACCCGUUUGAGGGCAAGGCGCCGCCCAGGUGGGUCCGAGGAGAGCACUUCCGGUACAAGUUUAGCAGGCCAGGAGGGACACAUGCCAGAGGUGGGAAAUGGUGGAUCCGGAAGAGGAUUGGGCCCUAUUUCCCCCCUGUCAACCUUGAGGGCUUGAGGAAGUUUUUUGAAGCCCGAAACUGGCCGCUGCCAACGCAGAACUAACAAGUGACGAAGAACUGUUGACUGCCUUGCCUUUGACAAUCCUUUAUUAUUAUUAUUAUUAUUAUUAUAAUUUUGAUGUAUUACAGUAAAAUACACAAGGCAGCGUAA